AACACAUUUCCUUGUAAACCCCUUGGGUUUCGGGGUGGGUGAAGGUGGUGUCUGACAACGGUGGUAAAAAGAGGUGGUGGGGAUGGGUCUGUGCUGAGCACUGGAAUUUCAGGUGAUUUGCUGGGAAUUACUAAAGCUCUGUGCCUUUUCCUCUCUGAUACGGAAGCGCGGGUGAUUAAAGUGAUGCACCACAGGAGGGAUGGACACCCACGAGGGUUGGCAUCUCCUCCGUUUGCUCUCACACCUUUGCACCGUGGCGUUCCCUUCACUGCGCUGCCUGCCUGUGGGCAAGGGGGCUUUGCUCCUUGUGGAUUCUCCCUGGGAAGGCUUCUCCUGCCUGUUCCAGGCUGGGAGCACAACCACGUGCCUGGUGCAGGCAGGGAGUACUCCAUACAUCACGUUUAAACCAGCACUCAUCGCGGCAGCGUGGGUAACUCAUGAGCGGAGAGGAGGGCUGAGUUAAUAGGGAGUGUUUCUCACCCGGAAUAGUCCCCAUGGAAGGCGAUGGGUGGGUGGGAGGCUCCCGGGUCCCCGCUGACGCCGCUCUCCCCUCUCUCUGCACAGGGGGGUUUGCAGAGCUGCUGCUGGUGCUGCUGGGGCUGAAGGUGCCCAGCGCCCUGGGCUGCCCCACUGACUGCGUGUGCUACCCGUCCCCUAUGACCGUCAGCUGCCAGGCUCACAACUUCGUGACCAUCCCCGAGGGCAUCCCUGAGGAUAGCGAGAGGAUCUUCCUCCAGAACAACCAGAUCACCUUGCUGCUGCGGGGCCACUUCAGCCCCUCCAUGGUCACCCUCUGGAUCUACUCCAACAACAUCACCUUCAUCGACCCCAACACCUUCGAUGGGUUCGUCAACCUGGAAGAGCUGGACCUUGGGGAUAACCGCUACUUAAGGGCUUUAGCUGCAGACACUUUCCAAGGGCUGGUGAAACUCCAUGCCUUGUAUCUGUACAAGUGCGGGCUGAGCUCCCUCCCCAGCGGGAUAUUCGGUGGCCUCCACAACCUGCAAUACCUUUACCUGCAAGACAACCACAUCGAGUUCCUUCAGGAUGAUAUUUUUGUUGACUUGGUUAACCUCAGCCAUCUUUUUCUCCAUGGAAACAAGCUCUGGAGCCUCCAUCAGAACACAUUCAGGGGACUAAUAAACCUGGACCGGCUGCUCAUCCAUCAAAAUCAGCUGCAGUGGAUUCACAGGCGGGCUUUUCAUGACCUCCGAAGAUUGACCACCCUUUUCUUGUUCAAUAACAGCCUCUCGGAGCUGCAUGGGGACUGCUUGGCCCACUUGGGAGCCUUGGAGUUCCUCAGGCUGAACGGGAACCCGUGGAGCUGCGAUUGCAAGGCCCGUUCGCUCUGGGAAUGGCUGCACAGGUUCAGAGGCUCCAGCUCCAGCGUCAUCUGCGAGUCCCCUGAGCAGAUGCACGGCAAGGACCUCAAGGUGCUAAGAGCAGAAGACUUUAGGAACUGUUCAGGGUCCGAGUCGCUCCAUCAGAUCAAAACACACACUUUCUCCACAGCGGACAGAGGAGCCUCCAAAACCCAUCACCCUCACCACUCCUCCAAGGAGAAGGGCAAGGAGAGAGGGGCUGAGAACAGUUUGCACAGCAACCAGCCCGCCGUCCCCCCCGGCUCCCGGCCGGGCUAUCGCAAACCCGGCAAGAACUGCACCAGCCACAAAAGCCGUAACCGAACCUCCAAACCGGGCUCCUUGGGACCGAGGAAAAACGGGCAGGAGGUUCCAGACUACGUGCCUGAUUAUCAGCACAAAUACAGCUUCGGGGCGAUGCCGACGCUGCCCACGAAACGCAAGGGUAAGUGCACCCGGCGGACCCCCAUCCGCGCGCCCAGCGGGGUGCAGCAGGCAGCCGGUUGCUCGGGGCUCAGGGCAUCGCUCCUGGUCUUUCUGAUGGUGUUGGCGGCCGUCAUCCGCUGAGCGCGGCGCGAGCCCGCACUGCCACCAAUCUACAAAGGACCAGAGUUUCUUUUCUUCUUCUUUUUUUGUACGUGGCUGGCGUUGGCCUGGCGAAGGGAAGAACGUUGUCUCGGCUUCUGAUGGUCUCUCUCUCCGUGCCCCAGAAGGGCUGCCAACGCGGACUUGUGCCGAACGCAGCGGGAGCGGAUUAAAAGGCAUUAUCGCACCUUGUCACAAACAGCCUAACCGAGCACCCACAGCAACAAACAAAGCCAACCUUACAGAAAAGCAGAUAGCGGGGACGGUAGCCAAUCGGUCGGUGACAACAACCGGACACAUGGACUGUAUCCAUGCUCUUGGGAGAUCCUGCUCGUGCUGAAAGGGCCCCUCCGAUCACCGACAGGAACAUAACCGCUGUAAAGACGAUCACCGAUUAAGCCUACGUUGUUUCUCUGAAAGCAAGUGCAAGGACACGGAUACCGAUGUAAUAAAGACAUUGGUUCCCCCAUGGUUUAGCCCUUUUUGGCUCCAAACCCAGAGGCCAAAGUUGGCUGGGAAUCUCUUAGAAGACAAUCUCAACCCCCUGAAUAUCUCAGGCAUUACAGCAGAACCAGGGCUUGCCUGCUGGGCUUGGAGUCGCCAACAACCAAAGGAAAGACUGAUUCGAGGUGGAACGCAACAAAA